AUGGAUAACCGUGCUGCUCCUGAAAUUCCAGGUAUUAGACUUCCUGCUAGUAUCACACAAGAUAUUCGAAUGCUGGUAUGCAAGCUUCUGAACUCCCCAAAACCGGCAAAGACUUUCCCAGGUACCCAGCCAGUUUCGUUUCAUCACGCUGAUAUUGAGGAAAAACUACUGAGCCAGGACUAUUAUGUUUGCGAAAAAACCGAUGGACUGAGGGCUUUGAUGCUCAUCGUAUUAAACCCUGUGACGAAAGAACAAGGUUGCUUUAUCAUUGACCGCGAAAACAAUUACUUCCAGGUUUCUGGUUUUAGAUUUCCACGGUUGCCCAAAAAGUCUCGCAAAGAGCUGUUAGAAACUUUCCAAGACGGAACCUUAAUUGAUGGCGAACUAGUGUUGCAGACCAAUCCAGUGAGUAAACUAAAAGAAUUAAGAUAUCUGAUGUUCGAUUGCCUCGCGAUAAAUGGACGCUGUAUCGCACAAUCGCCCACUAGCUCGCGUCUUGCCCAUUUGGGUAAAGAGUUCUUCAAACCAUAUUACGAUCUUCGUUCGCUAUAUCCUGCUCAGUGCGCCACCUUUCCUUUCAAAAUUUCAAUGAAAGUCAUGAAUUUCAGCACGGAUCUAGUAAAAGUUGCACAGUCUUUGGACAAGCUUCCCCAUGUUUCUGAUGGUCUUAUUUUCACCCCUGUUACCACUCCGUAUCACAUUGGCGGGAAAGAUUCUUUAUUGCUGAAAUGGAAACCGGAAGAAGAAAAUUCCGUAGAUUUCAAAAUGAUUGUGGAAAUCCCCUUAGCAGAAGACACUUCUUUGCCAAAAAAUGACCCGAACAGGUUUUAUUACAACUACGAUGUUAAACCUUCAUUUCACCUAUACACAUGGCAAGGUGGUGCAGACGUCAACGCAAGGCUUCAGGACUUCGAUCAACCUUUCUCAAAAAAAGAGUUUGAAAUACUGGAUAGAACCUAUAAGAGAUUUGCAGAUUUAGAAAUCAGCAAUGAACAGUGGCAAGAGCUGAAAUCCUUGGAAGAGCCAUUAAACGGCAGAAUAGUAGAAUGUACAAAAGAUCAAGAUACUGGAGUUUGGCACAUGCUGCGGUUUAGAGACGACAAAUUGAAUGGCAAUCACGUUUCUGUGGUCAAGAAAGUGCUGGAAAGUAUUGGUGAUUCAGUGAAAAUAGAGGAUCUUGAGGAAGCUACUUCGAAGAUGCGAGAAAACUGGCAGUUGCGACAUUCAGACAGAAAGCGAGACUUCAGAGAUGUUAAUCGUCCACCUCCAUCCUUGGAGCCUAUCCAUCAGCAAGAGCCUUCACAAAUACCUGAUGACAGUCUUGAUCAACCGAAGUACAUUGAUGGUGAUGAUGAUGAUGAUGAUGAAUUAUGGUCAGGAGAUGACGAUGAUUUUGAAGUAGAGACCAAAAAAUCGAAAUUGUAA